AUGACUGAAUUUAAGUGGCAACUAAUUUUUCUUUCUUUUCUAUUCUUUAACCAAAGGAAUAUUGAAGCAAAAUCCACUCCAAUCCAACGCAUUAUUAAUGGAGUCCAAGCACACCCCAAGCAAUUUCCAUAUCAAGCGUUAGUUUAUAGCCAUGUUUUUACAGGUUAUAAUCUGUGUGGAGGCGCCAUAAUUUCAAAGAGAAAUAUUCUUACAGCAGCUCAUUGUAUACCUAGUAAUAUGAUAAAAAUUGAAAUUUUCUUGGGAGCUGUGGAUAGAUUCAAUCCUCAAGAAAAGGGACAGAAGCGACUGGAAGUUAAAGCGGAAAAUAUUGUGGUGCAUCCAGAGUGGGACUCAAGAUAUAUGAAUUUGAAUGAUAUAGCUCUAAUCCGACUUUCGGCCGAUCUGCAAUUUAAUGAAUAUAUUCAACCUGCUAGGCUGCCUGAUCCAAAUCGAAGUUAUGCGAAUAAAAUUGCUUUUGCUACUGGUUGGGGUCGUACUAUAGGUCUUGACACGGAAUCAGACUCACAGAAGCUUAUGUAUUUUAUUGUAACUGUUCUAUCAAAUCAAGAGUGUACAUCUCUUUUGGACAAGUAUCCCCGAAGAGAAUUCUUCCCAUUAUCGUGGAUUUGCCUGAAGCCCAGUGAAAGUAAAACAUGCAAAGGCGACUCUGGUGGACCAUUGGCCAUAAGAAAUGAGGAUGGUACCAGCACUUUGUUGGGUCUCGACGCAUUUGGCGUGGAUAAUGAAUGUACGGUUUAUAGACCCACUGUUUUUACCCGAGUUUCAUCCCAUUUACAGUGGAUAAAACAAUACGAAUCUGUGGAUAUCAAGAAUGAAAUGGAAAUGGGAAAACAGCUUUUAUACGUAAGAGAAAAGAAUAUUGUGGUACAUCCAGAGUGGGAUCCAGAUCAAAAUAUCAAUAAUAUAGCUCUGAUCAAACUACCAGCCGAUCUGCAAUUCGAUGAGUAUGUUCAACCUAUCCAGUUGCCUGAUCCAGACAAAUCUUAUGACUACGAUAUUGGUGUAUUUUCUGCUUAUGGUUCUUCGAACGAUCAACUUAUGUACUCUAAUGUAACCAUUUUAUCAAAUGAAGAGUGCAAGACUAUAGAGCUGAAGAAUAAUCCUGGAGGAUUCUUCCCAUCUUCGUGGAUUUGUCUGAAGUCCAUUGGAUGUGGCAAAUGCAGUGGGGACUCUGGUGGUCCAUUAGCCAUAAGGCAUGAGGAUGGUAACAGCAUUUUACUGGGCCUUAAAUCAGCUGUCUCGGAUGAUAGUUGCUCGUCUCUUUCGAUUGUCAGUUUUUCCUUAAGCUUCGAGUCCAACAUGACUCAAUUUAAGUUCCAACUGAUCUUUCUGGCUUUGCUAUUCUACCAACAGAAUGUUAAAGCUGAAUCCAGACCAGUUGAACGCAUUAUCAAUGGAUUCCAUGCAAGUCCUAAGCAAUUUCCAUAUCAAGUACUUCUAAAUCUACAAACAGAUACUGAACGGGGACCAUUUUGCGGUGGCGUUAUAAUAUCAAAAAGAAUUAUCCUCACGGCAGCUCAUUGCAUUAUCGAUGAUUUGAAUAUCAUUAUAAUUUACUUUGGAGCCGUGGAUAGAUUCAAUAUUAAAGAACCGGGACAACAACGUUUAAUAGUAAAACGAAAGAACUGUGUGGUGCAUCCAGAGUGGGAGAUCAGUCAACGAAUCAAUGAUAUAGCUCUGAUUAAACUGCCAGCCGAUCUGCAAUUCGAUGAGUAUAUUCAACCUGCAAAGUUACCUGAUCCAACUGAACUUUAUGAGAAUGCAAGUGGUGUCGUUUCUGGUUGGGGUCGAACUGUAGGUUCUGACCAGCAAUCAUAUUCAAAGCAACUUCAGUAUUAUAAUGUAACCGUCUUAUCAAAUGAGGAGUGCAGGUCUAUUAUAAACAAGUACGACCCAGGAUCAUUCUUUCCAGCAUCGUGGAUUUGUUUGAAACCCAGCGAAAGUUCUCCAUGCAAUGGGGACUCUGGUGGUCCAUUGGUCAUAAGGAAUGAGGAUGGUACUAGAACUUUACUGGGUCUGACAUCAUUUCUCUUAGAUAAUGAAUGUUCUCUUAAUAGACCUUCUGUAUAUACCCGAGUUUCAUCGUUUUUGUCGUGGAUUGAAAAAUACGAUAAAAAUAUAAUAAUGUCUAAUUAAUAAAUAAAACUUCAAAUGCGUAUUUAAAAAUAA